UCCAGAGGGAACCGGCUGACUGUCCCGGAUGCCCACCGUCUCUAUCAACAAGCACCACAUUAGCCUUUCCAAGCUCCGUCCGUUUCAAAACUCAAGCUCCAAAGAACCUUCCCCGGUUCCCUGCAGCCUGUGUUAAGACCGCUGCAAUGUGCUGCGGUUGCUUCUGUGCAUUUAGCAAGUAGUAUCGGACAUAGUAGGUGCUCAAUAAAUGAUCAGGCAACCUCAAGUCAUUUUUCACUCAUUCAUUCAACACUUAAAACGCCUGUCUAUUUCUGAGGAGCCUUCUCUACUCUUUGCCGGGCUCUGUGUCAAGAGCUUUUGAUGCAUUACUGCUUGUAAUCCCCACAACAACUCUGUGAGGAGAUACUUGUAUUGUCCUUGUAUUAAAGGGAAGGAAACCGAGGCACAAGUCCUACAGCUACACGAAGCCUAACCAGAGGCCUGUGCACAAGCCUCAGCUGACUCUGGGAAACACCUGGUUCCUGGCCAAAAUGAAUUACCCAAGAAGUUAGAUUGGCUUUUCCUGAACUACAGAGAGGCUGGGGGCGGGGCCAACAGGAAAUUUAAACCGAAGCCGCGGCCGCCGCCGCUGACGCCUGGAGACUGAUAAUGUACUCGUGAAGUUGCCUUGGGCCCUCGGACGUCUGAAAUCGCUCAUGGAGCCCGCGAAUACAACGCGGAGGCCUUGAGGAAGGAGUACGGAGGCCGAGAAGGAGCCAAGAAUUUGAGGGAGCCAGAAAAGGGUACGCAUGCCGGGAAGGGGAAGAUGGGGCGACGGCAAAUUCUCUGAGCUGCAGAGUUCUAUGGCUGAGAGUAGGCUCCGGGCUUCGGACCUAGGGACUCAGCUGGGAGUUUCCAGUUGUCUGGAAAAAUGCCGGAAGAACUCACCAAAUGCUGGGAGGCAGCCCUUCUCUGGAAAGUCCUUUUAUCUGGAUCUGCCUGCUGGCAAAAGUCUCCAGUUUUUGACGGGGGCCAUCCAGCAGCUGGGUGGGGUAAUUGAGGGUUUUCUGAGCAAAGAAGUAAGUUACAUCGUGUCUAGCCGCAGGGAGGCGAAGACAGAGAGCAGUGGGACAAGCCCCAGAGGCUGCCGCUGCCCCAGCCCCAGCGAGGUCAGAGGACAGACACCGUCCAUGGCCCAUCCAAAGGGCGGCCACACCAGGCCUUCACAGAAGCCUGCAGACUCGGUGCCUCUGAGCCGAGGGAAGGAGCUGCUGCAGAAGGCCAUCAGAAACCAGGAGAGCGGCAGCGGAGGAGGCGGCAGGAGCAGCAGCAGUCUCCUGACCAAUGCCCGCUCCUGGGGAGUGAGGAUCCUGCACGUGGACGAAAUGCUGAUGCACGUGCAGCAGCUGUCUCUUGAUGCUCUGUGUGUGAAGAAACAAGGGCCAAAGAAGAAGCCAGAGGGAGCGUGUCCAGCAGAGUCAAGAACGCGGAAAGUGGCCAAGCUGAAGGCACCGUUCCUCAAAAUCGAAGAUGAGAGCAGGAAGUUUCGUCCCUUCCACCAUCAAUUUAAGUCCUUUCCUGAAGUUUCUUUUCUGGGACCCAAAGAUGCAAGUCCCUUUGAGGCCGCGACAACCCCGGGCAGCUCGCAUCGCACCAGAGAACCCAAGGACCACGAGCAGAACCCACAGUCAGCCGCCCGCACCCUGCCCAGGAGGAGGAAGGGCUUCUGUGAGUGCUGCCAGGAGGCCUUCGAGGAGCUCCACGCGCAUCUCCAGAGCCCCCGGCACCAGGGCUUUGCCUUAGAAGCCCCCCCAUACGCAGAAGUCGAUCGGGUCAUCGCCCAGCUGUGCCGCAGCUCUGCCGACGCCCCACCGUGGGCCGGCCUCCCCAGGCAGCCGGGCUCCCCAACUUCAGAUGGUGAUCCUCUGCGGCCCGAGACUCUGCUUCCCAGUCAGCCAUCCUGUCCCCAGUCAACGUCUCCCAGGAGGAGAGAGGAAGACGAGCACCAGGCCCCGGGUACCCUAGAGCCAGAUGGAACAGCAGGCAGCGUGAAGCCCCCUACUGAACCCCCUGCUGAAGCUGUGGGGGCUGGCAAGAUGCCAGGACCAGUAGCCAGCUGCCAGGAGCUGGGGGGACCGAUGGAUGUCAUUGCAGACCCCCCAGGGACACCAGGGUCCACGAGCCCUGGGCACCAGUGCCACCUGACAAGCUCUGGUUCUGCAGAAUUCUCGCCCAGCCCGGACGUGGCCCCUGGUGGCCACAAGCGGAAGGUUCAGUUCCCCGGUGGCAAUCCCGAAAAGAGGUCAGGGGUGUCCCAGCCACAGGCCUCAUUCUUCGUCCUGAGAGCCAGCAGCCCUGGUGGCACCAGGACAAGCAGCAGCAGGCCUCUCCCCUCCCUUCCCCUUCCAGGCCACGAGCACAGGCCUUUGGCCUCCCUCCUCCCCUUGUGCCACCCACAGACCUGCCUCUCCCUCCCAGAGCCCUUCCCCUGGCAGGCCACAGAGAGGCCAGCAGAGUGCUGGGCCACACAGCCCCCUUGGCCUGGGGAGGAUGGCCCCCGGGGAUCUGAGGAGUCAGAGCGUGCAGCCCCCAGCCCUGUCUAUGGCUGGCUAGCCUGCGCCCUGCUGCCCUGUGGCUCCAGGCCAGCUGUCCGCCCACCUGCACCCUGCGGCUGACAUGCUGGCCCCAGGAGGACCUGUGAGAGCCAGUCUGCCUCUGUACCCCGCCCUCCACCAGGCCUCGGAGGAGCCGGCUCUGCCCGGUGGCUCCGCCCACCCCCCCAGCUCCCUGUCUCCCAGCACCGGCAGAGGACUGCUCCCCUAGUUCUCUGGGGCAGCAGCAGCCCCUGGCCCCAGGGCCCGAGCCACACAGAGCGCCUCAGGGCCUCACCGCAAGAGUCAGAAGAGCCCCAUGGCCUGGCCUUUGAUGUCCAAGUGAGCAGCUGUGGUCACAGCCAAGCUCUGUGGGUCACAGCCAAGCUCUGUGGGGUCAACAGAGCCAGUCCACCACUCGCCAGGUCUGUGGGUGGGGAGGACCAAGGAGUCUGGGCGGGGGGCUGCCCUCUGCCCCUCCCUCCAGCCAUGUCCCUACCCGGACGGCAGUCAUCCAAGCCUGCCGCCCACUCCAGGAAGCAGAGGCAGGGGUGGCGGAGGGAGGGACCACAAAGAGGCUGGAGCAGCAGGAGCCCUGGCCUGGCUUCCUGUCCCUCUGCAGGCACUUGCCUCGUGCAGCAAGUUUUGGUGUUCCCCACCCCCACCCCAGUUUCCCUUCCCAGGAGCAUGUGGCUCUCCUGCUUUCCGAAAUGCCUGUUUGUCCCCUCCCCCAGCCCCCCACGCGCGUGCACACAGAUCCUCAGGAACAUACGAAGCAGAGGAGGGGCGGCUGCAGCACCUCCAGAUCUCCCUCGCCCCUGCGUUUGGGGGGAGCCCAACACUGAAUGGACCUUCACCCUGAGCCCCGGGGACUGCCAAACCUCCCCACACAUCCAGGGACCCUUCUGCUUUUCCAUGGCUGCCCCCCCCCCAUCCCAUUUCUGCUAUGCCAGGGUCAGCGGUUCACCUGCCAACUUCUGCAUCACCCUUUCCCUCCCUCCCCAAGGACCUCCCCGGUCCUUUUCUUUCUUUCUUUCAGCCAAGCCAUUAAUCUGGAGACAGAGAUGGGUUUGCUAUCGAUUCUCUGGCCACUUUUUUUUUUUUUUAUUGCAUUUCGCACUGUGGUUCUUCUCACCCUUCUCUGCCUCUGUGCGUUUGUUUCUUUAAAUGUUGGAGCUACAAGAAGCCUGGUGCUAUGCUGUGUCUCAUUUUGGAGAAGGAAGGGGGGCCUAGCUGCGGGUGAGGACCUGAGUUGUUACUUUGGAAAUAGAGCAACUGUGUGUACAACCCUCCUAGAGGUCAUGUUUGGCCUUUUUAUGCCAUUCCUGUUAAAUUCCAUAAUUAAUCUUGGUUCAGGAACUGUAAAUAAAUUUGCUAAUAACAAAUAGCAAAGGGACAGGGCUAGAGAGCGGUGUGUUGGGCCCCGAUGUGCCCUGCAGUGACCCCGAGCAGGGCUGCGGGCCCGGCAGACAUGGACGGAGUAAGUGGCCGGCAGGAUGGGAGCCCCCACGAGUGGGAUAGCGUGUCAGCCACCACCCUCCCCCGCCUAGUGCCAGAGGGCUGUGGGGCGGAGGGGCUGCAUCUGUCUCGUCUCUGGUCACUGACUUGGUUUGGCCUGCCAAGCGGUCGCCUCCAGAGGGCAUUGCCACAGCGCACUGCCAAGGAAACUCCUUUGCCCUAAUGAGCUUUCCUGCUAGGGGCCCUCUCUCUCUCGUCCCCUGUUGCUUCUCCCACAACACUGCCACUCUGGAUGAGAAGUUUCCCCCCACCCCUUUCUCAGACCUCUGGGGUGUCCUCCUAUGCUGCUCAAAGACCAAUACACCCAGUGUCCUCACCCUCCUCGCCAUCUACCUAGGACCUCACAGGCGGCUGGCCUUCCCCUCCCAACUCAACGGUUGUGACCUUGGAUAUCAGCUCUCAGCCAGGCCAAGGCCCAGGGCUGUCUCUCCUUAUCCAUGUCUCUGUUCCAGCCUCCAGGAUAUAAAUUUAGAGGGGACCCUAGGAGACCUGAGCUCAGACAGAGAGGUGCUGGCCCAUAUGUUAGACCAUAAGUGGCUCCUUGACCUGGGGACUAUUCGAACCCCCUUCCACUCCUCUGCAGAUGACCUUGACUCAGACCACACAGGCACUGCCUCCCCCUGCUCUCCAUCCCCUUCCCACAUCUGACUCUCGGAGAGGGAGCCAUGUCCUCCCUGUCACCCUCCCUGCUUUCCAGUCCACCCUGGCGAGCCUUGUCAAAUUCCUUCUCUGAUUUGCCAUCUCUUCCCUGUGCCCUAAUACUCCAACCUGGAAGAUACUCGCAUUGAUUCAGCAGACUGCCCCCUGUUCCCCAGCUGCUUCCUGUGGUCUGCAGCCACUGCCUCCACGUCUGCGCCGGCUCGCCCUUCCAAAGCCACGGAGGCUGCCUGAAGCGCUCCACUGGGCUUGCCCCUCCCAAGGUCACGGAUAACCUGAGAAUUAUCAAAGUCAGCCACCUCCUCUCCUUUUCCACCUUGAAACCUGGCUCCCUGCUCCGUGUUCCCCACCACCACCAGCCUGGUCCUUCCCUCCCCCAGCCUCGGGCCUCUGUACCAGCCUCAUUGAGCACAGGCCUAGAUGUCUACCCUGAGUCCGCUCCUGGAGCCCUAACCCGCCCUCCCGCACCCCUGCUUCCCCAACCUGGGAUCUUUGUCCUCAGCCCCAUGUGUGCUCUGCUCUUCCCUUUUGCAGAUGGGACCAGCAUUGGUACCUCCACCCUUGGCUUCCUUCUGAAUUCUACUCUCCCCCUGCGCUGUGGGGAAAGGCAGGGGAUCUCGCCACACCGAGAUCAUUCUGACUUCGGCUCAUACUGACUUCCGGCAAGUCCCUUGACUACUCUGGGCCUCAGUUUCUUCAUGUUUCAGUGAGGGGCUUGGAUGAGAUGACUUCAAGGGUCCUUCUUUCCAAUAAUAAAAUACCUGAUGGCCAACGUGUCCCUC